ACUGACAUGCCUAACUCAAGUCCAAUAUAAUUUUAACCCACCCGGAUUUGUAUUCCGCAUAUCCUUCAACUCUAGAUAAACCACAAUUUUUCAUGCUAAUUUUGUAAUGUGUCCCUGUUGAGAAAGGUGUUGCUUAAUGGUAUGCUAAGAAAUUUCCUGGUGAUUUUAUUUGUUCUCUAAUACUAUCCCGCUUAUAUUUCACCUUUUCUCUGAGAAGCUUAAUGUGGUACAUGGUUUUCCUCCAUUUUAUCUUCACAACAACCCAGUGAGGCAGGUUAGCUUGAAAGACUGACUGAUCCAAGGUCACCCAGUAAGCUUCAUAACAGUGGGGAUUUGAAUUCUGGUCUCCCAGGUCUUAGUCCAACGCAGAUCAUUACAUCACAAUGGCUUUCACAACACAUUGAUGAGCCCAAUCCUGGCUAUAGAAUGGCGACGUACGAUGAUCAGGCAAUCCGAACACACUCCCUUUUUAUAUUACAACUAUGAAGCAGAACCCUUGGGUGCCUCUGCACAGACAUGCUGGGGGACGAUACGUAAUUGGCAUGCUAUGGCAAUGCCUCGUUCCCAGACUAUCGGGCUUUAAUGAGCCUGAGGAACACUUCUGUGUAUCGCGAAAGCUGGCAUACAGUAUUAAUAAGCAUUGCUUAUUAAUUACAAAAGUAGUUUUACUGACCUCGUAAACAAAAGGUUUGCCAUUAGAGAUGAGGGAGGAGGAUUCUUAACCAAUCAUUGCGUAGCGCGGGAUUUUUUAAGCCGCUUUUUUGCCGUUAAGCUCAAAGAAACCUAUUCAAUUCUGCGUCUCAAAAGCUGUUGCUAGUUUAAUUCGUUUUGCAAACGUCCCUUUUAUUCAUGUCCACUCUGCGGGAACUGAUAGCUCCUAAUUAGUCUCUAUGACUGUAACGCAAAGAUGACUUACCCAGGAGCAAGUUCCAUCGAGUCUGAGUUCUUUGGGACUUCCGUGUAAAAGUGUACCUUGGGAGAUCGUGCUUGUGGAGGAAAGAGAUUGCUUUUGACCUCUCAGAUAACUAGACUCUUGAGUUAUUUAAGUUAGUCUUGAUGUUCCAACAAGCAGGUGAGGUAUGAAUCUUGAUGUAAAUAUGUAAGACCAAUGUUUUUUAAAAAUAAUUUUGGAAAGGGUCUAACUUAGCGCCGCAUUUUUAAGCAUUUCAAGUCUCCUGAGGGAAACCAAGAACAUUUCUUUCAAAUAGUUUUUCAGGGUCCUUAAGCACUGACCAUUUUCACACACAAUUAUUUAUAUGGGGACUAUUCAGUUUUAUUCUCGCAACAAACCUGGAAGAUCGGAUAGGCUGAGAGAAGGGGAUUGAACCCCCACCCCCGGAACUUCCCAGGCAAUGCAUUUAGGACAGAAACUGGAGAAGUUUUAACGGCGGAAGUCGUGGGAGUGAGACAAUAGCCCUAGCGUCCAAUCCCUUCCAAGCGCGGGAAAUUCAAACUCUUAAGCCAACACUUUAACCGUCUCGGCCAAUCAGGAGGGGAGGAUUUUGCUAUAAAUUCUCUGCCUCCAAGGAACUUUCGUCGUUCAGGCUAGCGCUGGAGAGGUGUACUGCGGUUUGUUUGCGUGAGGAAGGGCCAUGGCGCGUACUAAGCAGACGGCUCGCAAGUCCACUGGAGGAAAAGCUCCUCGCAAACAGUUGGCUACCAAGGCUGCCCGGAAAAGCGCCCCUGCCACGGGUGGAGUGAAGAAACCCCAUCGCUAUCGCCCGGGUACCGUAGCUUUGAGGGAGAUCCGUCGCUAUCAAAAAUCUACUGAACUGCUAAUCCGCAAGCUUCCUUUCCAGCGUCUGGUAAGAGAAAUCGCCCAGGAUUUUAAGACUGAUCUGCGCUUCCAAAGUUCCGCUGUCAUGGCCUUGCAGGAGGCUAGCGAGGCUUACCUGGUAGGUCUCUUCGAAGACACCAACUUGUGUGCCAUCCAUGCCAAGAGAGUCACUAUUAUGCCUAAGGAUAUUCAGCUGGCACGCCGCAUCCGCGGCGAGAGAGCCUGAGGCCCUUCCCACGCUGGUACAGCCGAAAAUUACAAAGUAACCCAAAGGCUCUUUUAAGGGCCAC